UGUCGGGCGGGCGGGCGGACGGCCGCGGGGCAGCGCCGGCGAGGGGGAAGAUGUGGCUGAAGCCCGAGGAGGUGCUGCUGAAAAACGCCCUCAAGCUCUGGGUCACGCAGAAGAGCAGCGGCUACUUCAUCCUGCAGCGGCGUCGGGGCCACGGCGACGCCGGCGGCCGCUUCACGGGUCGCUUGGUUGGUGCCCUGGACGCUGUGUUAGAUUCUAAUGCACGUGUUGCUCCAUUUCGAAUUUUACUUCAAGUUCCCGGAUCACAAGUUUACUCUGCCAUAGCAUGUGGUGAGUUAUUGAAUGGAUCCGAAGUUUACUGGGCCAUAGCUAUUGGUGCCACUGUAGAGGAGAUAAAUCAGCAUUGGGAAUGGCUGGAACAAAACUUACUCCAUACUUUGUCCGUUUUUGACAAUAAAGAAGAUAUUGUUAGUUUUGUCAAAGGGAAAGUAAAGGCACUGAUUGCAGAGGAAACCAGCAGUAAACUAGCUGAGCAGGAGGAAGAUCCUGAAAAGUUCCGAGAAGCCCUAGUGAAAUUUGAAUCCAGAUUUAAUUUUCCUGAAGCAGAGAAGUUGAUCACCUAUUAUUCUUGCUGUUGUUGGAAAGGAAAAGUUCCUCGGCAGGGCUGGCUUUAUUUGAGUAUCAAUCAUCUCUGUUUUUAUUCUUUCUUCCUGGGCAAAGAAUUAAAACUUACCAUUCCUUGGGUUGAGGUCCAGAAAUUGGAAAGAACCUCCAAUGUCUUCAUGACUGAUACUGUCCGUGUCACCACUCCAAACAAAGAACGUGAUUUCUCCACUUUCCUUAAUAUUGCUGAGGCAUUCAGGAUAAUGGAGCAACUGGCAGAUGUAACGCUCCGAAGACUACUAGAUAACGAGAUCUUUGAACUGGAUCCAGGCUUACAGGAUCCUACUCAGAUUACGAAGAGGGAUCUUGAAGCCAGAGCGCAGAAUGAAUUCUUUCGGGCUUUCUUCAGAUUGCCCAGGAAGGAGAAGCUACAUGAAGUUGUAGACUGUUCUCUGUGGACACCAUUUAGUCGCUGUCACACAGCGGGAAGGAUGUAUACUUCAGACAGUUAUAUCUGUUUUGCCAGCAAAGAAAAUGGCUGCUGCAAUGUUAUCAUCCCACUUAGAGAGGUAAUCACUAUAGAAAAGAUGGAGGACACAAGCCUUCUUCCUAAUCCCAUCAUUGUUAGUAUAAGGAGCAAGACUGCCUUCCAGUUCAUUGAGCUGAAGGACCGGGAUACUUUAGUGGAGAACUUGCUCCAGAGACUAAAAGAAGUGAACUUCAACAACCCAGUGCACUGUAACAACUUGCAAAAUAAGAAUCAGAACACUCCUGUAUUUGGAUCAACAUGUGUGUUCAGGGACUGUGAGUCUGGGGAUCUAGGAAGAGAGGCUUCACAAAGUCAGAACAAAAGUGAAUGUGAAAAGGAGAACAGUUACUUGCUCAACACAGAAGCGCUAAGAUCGGACUUUCAUCAGCCAGGAGUGGCAGGCCUUGACUUUGGAAAGUCUAGGGAGCAAAUAAAAGAGAGUCUGUGGGAUGACCACUUUGUAGAAUACGGCAGAACUGUGUGUAUGUUUCGUACAGAGAAGAUCAGAAAGCUUGUUGCUAUGGGAAUCCCAGAAUCCUUAAGAGGCAAACUCUGGCUGCUCUUCUCAGAUGCUGUGACUGAUCUUGCUUCACACCCUGGUUAUUACAUACAUCUAGUGGAGGCCUCCAUGGGCAAGUGUUGCAUGGCAACAGAGGAGAUCGAGCGUGACCUACAUCGCUCAUUGCCCGAGCACCCUGCCUUCCAGAACGAGACGGGGAUAGCGGCGCUCCGAAGGGUUCUCACAGCAUAUGCACACAGGAACCCCAAAAUUGGAUACUGCCAGUCUAUGAAUAUUUUGACCUCUGUGUUACUGUUGUAUGCCAAAGAGGAAGAAGCCUUUUGGCUGCUGGUUGCUGUGUGCGAGCGAAUGCUGCCAGAUUACUUCAACCACCGAGUGAUAGGUGCUCAGGUAGACCAGUCAGUAUUUGAAGAACUUAUAAAAGAGCAACUUCCAGAGCUGGCGGAGCAUAUGAAGGAUCUGACUACCUUAGCUUCCAUUUCUCUUUCAUGGUUCCUUACCCUUUUCCUUAGCAUUAUGCCUUUAGAAAGUGCUGUGAAUGUGGUGGACUGCUUUUUCUAUGAUGGGAUCAAAGCCAUUUUUCAGUUAGGCUUGGCUAUCCUUGAAGCCAAUGCAGUGGAUCUGUGUAACAGCAAGGAUGACGGACAGGCCCUGAUGAUCCUGAGCAGGUUUUUAGAGCAUGUUAAGAACGAAGAAAGCCCUCUGCCACCUAUUGGUAAUCACCAUGCAUUUUUCAGUGAUGAUCAGGAAGCCUCUCCAGUGACUGAAAUAGCUAACCUAAUUCAUGAUUCCUAUGAGAAAUUUGGAGACCACUCUGUGGAACAGAUAGAGCACAUGCGCUACAAACAUAGAAUCCGUGUUCUGCAAAGUCAUGAAGAUACAACCAAGCAAAAUGUGCUCCGAGUUGUCAUCCCAGACGUUUCAAUUCUUCCUGAAGAUUUAGAGGAGUUGUAUGACUUGUUUAAGAGAGAGCAUUUAAUAAGAUGUUACUGGGAAAUGAUGGGUCCAGUCGUUGAGCGACAUGACCCUAGCAGACCUUACGCUGAGCAGUACAGAAUAGAUUCCCAGCAGUUCACUAACCUUUACAAACUUGUCUCGCCAUGGACUUGUGGGGAACACACUGACGUUCUUGCUGAAAGGAUGUUCCGACUCCUGGAUGAAAACAUGGACCAUCUGAUUGAAUUCAAGGGGCUCGCUAGCUGCUUAGAUGUUAUGUAUAAUGGAGAAAUGAAUGAAAAGAUAAAGCUAUUAUACAAGCUGCAUAUCCCACCUGCUCUCACAGAAAAUGAAAGAGACAGCCAAUCACCAUUAAAGAAUCCUUUGCUGUCAACUUCAAGACCAUUAGUUAUUGGAAAAUCAAAUGGGGACGCAGUAGAUUACCAAAAGCAAUUGAAGCAGAUGCUUAGAGAUCUAGCCAAAGAAAAAGAUGCUAAAACUGAAAAGGAGUUGCCAAAAAUGAGCCAGAGGGAAUUCAUUCAAUUCUGCAAAACCUUGUACAGCAUGUUCCAUGAAGAUCCAGAGGAGAAUGAUUUGUAUCAAGCCAUUGCCACUGUGACCACACUAUUACUUCAGAUCGGAGAAGUAGGACAAAGGAGCAUCAGCCUGGGGAGCGGAUCAGAUGAAUUUACUGAGGACUUGCAACCUGAGGCCUCUGCUUCAGACCAGGAUGCUGUUUUUACUGACACUGUGAAGACCCCUCAGAAAGACUCUCAGUCUUCACCUGUGACUGAAGGGGACUGGACUGUCUCUUUUGAACAUAUUUUGGCAUCCCUCUUGACUGAACAGUCGUUAGUUAAUUUCUUUGAAAAACCCUUAGAACUGAAGCCAAAACUUGAGAACGCAAAACUAAAUCAAUAUAGUCUCAAAACAAAUGGAAUGAGCUGCCAGUCACGAGGUGAACAUACAAAACUAAACACUCAGUAGUAGCAAACCUGUCAGAAAACAAAAUGCACUGAAAUUAUGCCAAAGCACAUAUCGUAAAAGGCUUUCAGUUAGCAGUGUACUUUUGAUGAUUUGUUGGUCUGUGGUUUUUCAGUUAAGAGCUUUAAAAGCUAAAGGGUAUGUAAAUUGUUUUGUGCCAUUGAUUAUGUUCUUGUUUUGAAUGUAAAAGGAAACAUCCGGCUGCAGCGUGAAGAUGCUGCAGCCCUCUUCCGUACUGGGAGAGCAGAGGCUGGCUCCAUUUCUUUUUUUUUUUUUUUUUUUCCUUUUCUUUUUUUUUUUUUUUUUUUUUUUUUUUUAGCAGGGGAAAACACUUCUCAGCUACCGUCUGCAGUUUGUUUGGGUUGCCUUUUUUGCACUAAUACUGAAAACUUGUUUCAAUGCUGGUAAUUGAAACUAUUUUAAUAUAUUUGACCGUAUCCCAAUUUGUAUGUCUUGCUGAAAUGUUAAGUGUACAUGGACUGUGCUUCUGAUGUUGGUCUGUGAAAACAUGCACUUUUCAAUAAACCCUUUUUGUACUAGA